AUGUUUGCAUUUGCUAUUCCAAUACUAACCUCCCCUUUAUUCCCACUAUCUAGACAAAAUAAUCAUAUUUUAAUCUCUAACCGCCGGAAUUUAACCAGGAAAUAUCAUAAUAAAGACCGAAAUACACUUCAAAACACUCAAAACAAUGCGUAUCACAAUACAAAAGCAACCGAUCAAGACAAAUUUUUUAUGACGCUUCGGGAACAGAUCCAAGAAAUCCGAGAAAGAACUGGUCUUAAAAAGAAGAAACAGACUUUCACGUUAAAUAGUGAUUAUAAUACUUCAGAUGAAUUAUUCUAUGAUGAAGUCCAACGUUCUUUUAGUCAUUUUCAAACCGCCCAUUUAGAGGCAUAUACUGAAAACAAGAAAUAUCUUGAUAAUUUACUAGGCGUAAGUAGUUGUGGAUUUCGUCGGGACCGAUUGAAUGAACGAGAUAAUCUGGCCUUAUCUAAAAAGAUACGCAAAGUCUUACAAGUUUUAGCCCCUUAUGCCAGGCACGAGUAUGUAUCUUGUUUAGUUGAAUGGCUGUUACGUAAGUAUGCUAUUGAUCGCCAUGAUUUUGAAUCUUUACUGGUUUUUGCUUUGGCUGAAACUGAACUGAUAAGCGAGAUAAUUACCAAAGGGACUAAAGCCAGAAUAAGUGGCAGUGAAGUCUUUAAGCAGUUGGUUAAAGAGGGAUACUCCUUAGUAAGUCUAGCUAAAGUUCUGGGUAAAAACGUCUCUUUCUCCUUAGGUGUCUUAGCUGUACUAGAAAGACUAGCUCGUGAUGGAGAGAGUUUACGUUGGAUUGUCUUUGUGGAGAAGGUUUUGAAAUGUUUAGCCGAAAGAGAAAUGUUUACUGAGGAAACACUUACUCUUUGGGUAGUUGGACUAAUUAGAUUAAGAGAAAAGUGGCUAAGUAAGUCUGAAUCGGCUAUGCGUAAUGGGAUUAUCAUGAGCAUGGAAAGAUCUUUAACUGAGAUUGCUAGUUGUACCGAAUUACACAGUGAGUACCAACGAGUGAUUAGUUCAUUUACUAGUAAGGAAAAUCAGUCUGAAAGUAACCAAGUAGAGAGUGAUAGUAAUAAUGUAAGUCCGAUUAAAUCUACUACUCCUUCUUUUGAUGUACUUUAUAAGGACUAUAAAAGGACGGGUAAGUAUCAAGUUGUUUUAGAUCAUUAUCGGGUUGAGUUUAUUAAGCAAUUACUAGCUGAUAUUAAGGCUGAUGGUUUAACUGGGAUUAAUCGUGAUACAUUUAGGACUAUUUUAGUAGAUAGUAUUAGAGAAGAUACAAUGAACAUUUUACCAUUAGUAGCGGCUAGUGAUGAACUUUUACUGGUUUUAGUUGAGUCGCCUAAGUGGAAUAUGCUUACUAAGAGUAUUCCUGAGUUAGGAGCUUUACGUUUACUGAACUAUCGUAGUCCGGAAGUCUUAACUAAGCGGUAUAUGACUUUAUUACAGGGCUUAAUGCCUAAUUAUGCCUUGGAAAGACGUUUACUAGAUAUGGCUUGUUCACAUUUAGAUAUGAAAGGGGCUUUAUCAGAAACAAUAAGUAUGGUUUCACCUAAGUUACUACAAGAUAAGAUUCAAAAUGUCACUGACUGGAAUGCAAUGUCUUUAUUGAUUACAGCUGAGAGUCUUCCUCAUAUUGUGGACUUACUGUGUAUGGGUACAAUUGUCUCUGAAUUUGAUAAGUACUUGAGUUUAAUCUAUACCUUUCCUACUUAUACUAAGAUUGGCCACUACUUAACUCCUGAACAAUGUGGGGUGGCUCGGGAGAAGGCUUUAGACUUCUUUGUUGAGCCGACUAAGAAGACGCCUAUUCAGUACUUCUUUUUUGUUUUAGCACUGAUUGCUGAUUUAGAUAUGGAUAUUACGCAUGUUAUUAGUAUUCUUAAGUUAGUCCCAAUUACUUUGAAGCGGGAGCGCAAGCAAGUGCUUAAGGUUGUUUUUGAGUUUCUCUUGCAGAAAGGAGCCGCUUUGAAUGGUGAAGAUCUUUUAGCAGCUAUUGAAGCUAUUCCUGCUCAGGAAAUGGACUUAACUCUUUCACUUUACUUCUUCCAAAUAUUACUUGAUAAGGAAAUUAGUAAUUUUAACAAAGAGAUUAUCUUAUCUAUUAUUACAUUUAAGGAAACAACGGUUAAAAAGAUGACUAAUUACUUGAUUGAACAUAAGGUUGAUUUACUUAAACAAGUCUUUGUAAAGUAUGCUGGAACGAUCAAAAGUGAUGAUUUAUUACUGUUACUUAACCAUUCUCGGAUGGAUAUUGUUUCUCUUUUAGUUAUUAGCCGGAUUGAUACUCUUUCCUUAGCUACUAAACAGCGUAUUGUUUAUGAAGCGAUUAAAAGAAAGGAAGAGAACUGUCCGGAGUUGUUUAAUGCUUUAGUAGAUAAGAUUCCUCUUCUUCUUUGGCAAGAGUGUACUGUUGAUGCACCGGUGCCCCAUUUAGCAGCUGUUUUAGAUCUGAUUGUUCAACAUCCAAAGAGUAAGUUUUCAGUGCCACUAGCUCUUAGUGCGCUUAUUAAGUGUCGACGAGCUAUGCUUCCAGAAGAGCAGCUUAAGCUUUGGCAAGGUCCUAUCCUGGCCCAAACGGAAACCUUUAUCUUACUAGCGCAGAACAUUAUUCAGAAGAAAGACUUUAGUAUUUCCAAAACACUGAUUACGCGCACACUAGAUAGUUGUACUGAUAGUACGGAUUUGUUACUAGGUGUGAUUAAUAGUGGUAUAACUGAUCAUUUCAUUCUGGGCGAACUUCUUAAGCACCAGCCUAAUGGUAGAUCAAGAGCUUUGCUCAUUCGUACUCUGCUGACUAACCAUCCGGAGCAGCACUUACACCUCUUCCUGGGUUUACUCCAGGACAUGAAAUCAGUAGCUAUCAGAUCUACUGUUCAGGUUAAACUUCCCUAUUUAGUUAAUGUGCUUCUAUCUCUGCCUGAUAGUGAGGCUAAUGUUGUUUCUCAUCUAUUUGCUAAUCUCAUUCGCCGUGAGACUAAUAUUCUUUCUCCUUAUCUUAACAAAAUUAUCUCUCUUAUCAAACUGACCAAAAAAAGAACACUUUUGCAACCAUUAUCUCUACUGGAUAUUCCUCCUUUCAUUUCGCAUCUAGCUAAUACACCCCAGGACAUCACUAUUCUUAGUGAGUCAUUAAAACUCCGCCUGACCGAUCAGGAAUUAGAAGAAGCAGAUAUACAACAAGUCUUAGCCUACUACCUCAAGAACCUUGAACUAGCCCCAACAGCUACGGCCUUAGUUAGCUUGUUCCCACAACUAAGUACACCUAGUCAUACUUGGCUAUCUAUUCUGAAAAAGACAAAUGGCUUAUCUGAUCUUUUCAUUACUCUACUUGAUCGUAUGCUUAAACAGGACCAGAAUGGCCAAUGUGUUCGCUCUUUAGAUCUUAUCUAUACUAAGCUAGAAUCUCUACUUUUAUCUGAACUCCACCAGCCAACUACUCUCCUGCCUAAACUCACUAGAAUUCUAGCUAAGUACUACUCUUAUGAACAAGGUACUAUGGUCCGUACUACUGAUAUAACUACUAUUAUUCUGACGCAGCUUAGCUCAACUCAAUCUUUACAAGCCCAACUUACUAAACUCCUGGCUUGUCUUUUCUCAUCCCGAGCCCAAAACCUUCCUUCUGAAGCCGAAGAGAUCAAUCUUAUCUUGCUCAAACAACUAGUCAGUGCACCUUCUAAAUCCGGUCUGUUUAAGGCUCUAGCAGCUAUUUACCGCCGGAACAGUGAGUUCAUGAGCCGAAUUCUGGGCCAAAGUGCCCCAUACUUUGCCAUUCUUCUGGAAAGCCCCAAGCCCAGCACUCGUGUACGGGCCGAAUCUCUUAUGAAGCUCAUUGAGCGCACGACCGGCACUACUCCCUACAACUAUCUCUAA